UGGAGAAUGAGCGCAGGAGGCCACGCCAGGAGAAGAGAACACCUUCCAAGGAGCUCCUGAUCCCACCUCCACCCUCGCACCCUUAGCUCACCUCCCACCCGGCUUCCCAAAAGUGCACUCCCUCCCUUCCCCUGGCCCUCUCAGCCUAUACCUGCACCAGUCACAACACGCCGGAGCCGGAGAGCCACCGAGUCACACUCACUGAGAGCUGAGAAACCCUGGAUUUCCCACGGGACGCAGCUGCAGUCGCACUGGCUGAGAAAGACUGAGGAGCCACGCUGAUCCACGGACCUGCAGGGAUGUCCAAAGCCUCCAGGCUGGCCCGGCCCCCCUCGGCAGGGGCCGGGUCCAAGCUUCCCUCCCCCAGGAAGGAAUGCCCUGGCAUGGCCGCUGCGGCCGGCCGAGUCAGGGUGCUGAGCGUCGGGGAGAAGCUAAUGAGGGCAGGUAGCGACGGAAUCCUGAACAGACACAAGUCUCUUAGGGUUGCUGUGCCACAAGACAAAGCACAGAGCGAGACUCUGACUGAGCGUCAGGCCCUCAACCAAAGUCCAGGUGAGAGGGGCGAGAAUAUGGGGAUGGUCCCUCCCAAGAGCAGGAUCAGCCCACCUAAAGCCUCAACUCAGCACCAAGGCUCUGUCCACAAACAAAACAAAAGUAACCUGAAGGUAACCUCCCCAGAGGAUGCCGAGCACGUAGGCCGCCGACAGGCAUCGCCAAAUGGGACGUCGCCUUCCAGAGGAGACGCCAAAGGCAAUCGAACUGUCCCGCGCAGGCACACGUUAGGGGGAGCUCGCAGCUCCCGGGAGAUCCUGGCUAUGCAGCCGCCAGAAAUGGACAAGAAGAGGGAGGCCUUCCUGGAGCAUCUGAAGCAGAAAUACCCCCAUCAUGCCUCAGCGAUCAUGGGCCACCAGGAAAGGCUGCGGGAGCAGAGCAGAAGCCCAAAGCACGGCGGCAGCCCCCAGCCCGGUGUCGGCGACCAGGUUGACCACCUCUCCUUGGCCUCCCUGGAGUCACUGGACGCCAUGUCGGAGGCCGAUGCACCCACGGCCUUCACCCGCGGCAGCAGAGUUCGCGCCAGCCUGCCCGUGGUGCGAUCGACCAACCAGACAAAGGACCGCUCGCUAGGUGUGCUGUACCUGCAGUACGGGGACGAGACCAAACAGUUCCGCAUGCCCAAUGAGAUCACCACCAUCGACACGGUCAGAGCCCUGUUCGUCAGUGCCUUCCCGCAGCAGCUCAACAUGAAGAUGCUGGAAUCGCCCAGCGUCGCCGUCUACGUCAAAGACGACAUGAGGAAUAUGUACUACGAGCUCACCGAUGUCAGGAACAUCACAGACCACUCCUGUCUGAAGGUCUACCACAAAGACCCAGCCCAGGCAUUCAGCCACGGGCCAAGACCCGCCAACGGCGACGCCAGGAUGCACAGUGAUGGACAGCACCAUCUCAGACAGCCCCCCAUGGGUCCCCCAACACACCAUCCAAUGCAGGGAGCACUCCCCCAGAGUCCCCACUCCAUGCCCCCAUCCCCCUCCCGAAUCCCAUUUGGUCCUCGGCAGGUCUCCAUACCUGGCAGUGCCACUAUCCCAAGGGAGCGAAUGUCUACUGCCAACACCCCAACACGCUCCAUCUCGCCCUGUCCCAGUGCCAUCCUGGAGAGACGGGACGUCAAACCAGAUGAGGACAUGGGGGGGAAGAGCCACAGUCUAGCCAGGGGAAAUGAGGGGCUAUAUGCAGAUCCAUACCUGCUCCAGGAGGGUCGAAUGAGCAUGGCCACUGCCCAUGGACCACACCCCAACCCGGGGCUUGAUGGUCCAGAACAUGGAAUGGGGGGAUUUCACCGUGCCUCCAUUCGCUCCACAGGCUCUUACAGCGGGCCCAGCCCCACAGACACUAUGGACCACCCCUCUGUGUACAGGCAGAAGUCCAGAAACAGCCAGCUGCCUACUUUGGGCUCCAAGACUCCUCCCCCAUCCCCUCACCGAAUGGCUGAGGUACGGAUGAUUGACAUCCAUGGCGGACCUCCUCAUGGCAUUCCACCACAUGGCGUUCCACCUCAUGGUGUUCCACCUCAUGGAGUUCCCAUGGAGAGAAGCUCACCAGUGCGCCAGUCCUUCAGGAAGGAAGAAGUGACAGGGACCAAGACCCGGGUCAACAUGGGAUCACCUGUGGUGACAGACCUCCCAGGUCAUCCUCAGGGGCCCAUUCCACCUGCCGGUGACCAUCACACACGAGUGCGAAUGAAGGCUAUGGAGCAACAGAUUGCCAGCUUGACUGGUCUUGUUCAGCAUGCACUUUUAAAGGGGCCAAACACUAGUGGCAACAAGGAGCCUCUAAGUGAGAGACCACCGAAGACAUCAUCUCCAGUCCACAGUGCACAUAGCUCAGGUGGUUCCCCGGUCUUGGCUCCCAAAAGCAAUGCAGCCCUGUCAGAUAAGGGCUCAGCUCCUCUCAAAGUCAACGUGCUGCAGUUCAGGAAGAAUGUUUCUGACCUCAGGGUGCAACUCCAUCAGAUGAGACAGCUGCAGCUCCAGAACCAGGAGGCAUUGCGGGUUCAGCUGAAGCGGGCGGAGCAGGAAAUCAGCGUUAAACUGGCAGAGGCCAUGCGGCAUCUAGAGGACCCAGUCCAGAGGCAGAGAGCGCUGGUAGAAGAGGACAGGCACAAGUACUUGGGACUUGAGGAGCAUGUCCUUACACAACUCGGUGAUCUGGAGCAGUAUGUCGGCACCCUGCAGAAGGACUCACACAGAGUCGUGACCCUGAAGGAUGUGGAAGACGGAGCGGUGACUCUGAGGAAGGUGGGAGAAUCUCUGGCAGGGCUCAAAGGAGAGUUCCCGGCCCUGCAAACCAGGAUGCGUGCUGUGCUCAGGGUGGAGGUCGAGGCCGUCAAGUUUUUGAAGGAGGAGCCUCAUAAACUGGACAGCAUGCUGAAAAGAGUCAAGAGCCUGACCGACACACUCAGCGGUCUGAAAAGACAUGCUACUGAGGGCUCCCAGAAGGCACCUGAUCCUUCUGCCAAUAUCCCAGUGGACACGAGCCCUCCAGCAGCUGUGUCAGAGGCUCUUGCAGAAGCUCCCCCAGUGCCAGUUCAGCCGAGCUCCACCUCAGCCCCACUGGAACGCCAGAACUCCACCAUCAGAUCAGAGGUGAUGCCAUCCUCCCCGGUGGUCAUUCAUCAUGUGCAGAGCUCCCGAGUCCAGAUGCAGCAGUCCCAGCAGUCUGCAGCCUUGACAGCUCAGCCCAGUCCCCCGCUCACCCCCAGCCCCACUCAGGUUCCCAGUCCCAACCCGAGCAAGAGCCAAGGCAGGGAAUCUCCCAAGGCUGCCUCCUUGGAUCCACCAAGUCCCGUUCGUCACAAAAAGACCCACGAGAACCCAGUGAAUAAUGGCAACCAGGAUCUUGUCAUAGAGGAGUUGCAGAGCAGUAAAGAAAAGAGCAAGAGCAGAGCUAUGUCCAUAGAGGCAGCUGAGAAAGAGUGGGCAGAGAGGAGGCAGAACAUGGGUCAUUACAAUGGAAAAGAGUUUGAGAAGAUCCUCCAAGAAGCCCAAGCCAACAUGAUGAAGGGCAUUCCCAGUCUCGGGGCAGAUGAGAACCCAGCACUGCCGCCUGCUGCCAGUGGAGAACAAGCCGACACCCACAUUCCUGAGGAGACACAUUCAGAGCCCCGGUCUGAGCCAGACUCUGACAAAUCAGCCAAAAAGGAGCCUGAGAAACUUCCAAAGCCUUUGAUGGAGAAACCAGCCAAGCCGGCACUGGAGAGACCCUCCAAGACUGCCACCAAGCCCACGCCCACUGACAGUUUCACCAGGCAAGGGUCCGAGAAGUCCAGCAAGUCCCCACCACCACCUCCUCCGAGGAAGACCUUCCCCAGCUCGAGCUCAGGCAUGACCACCACACGCUCUGGUGAGGUGGUCUACACCAGCAGGAAAGAGUCCGUCUCCCCUCAGGAGGGUGAAGAAGAGGGCCCACCUCCCACACCACAACCCAAGCCCACCAAGGUUCCACCAGAGACCAAGCCAAAGCCCGCUACCCCUCCCCCUGUUACUACUUCUGCCUCCAGAGAAGAGGAGGAUGAAGGAGACAGGAUCAUGGCAGAGCUCCAGGUUUUCCAGAAGUGCACAGUUAAGGAUGUAGGGGUGAAAAAUUCGGUAGAGCCGCAAAUCAGAGAAUUAAGACCAGGGGCCUUGUUGCCCCUCAAAGAGAAAAAGCAGAGCUCAGAGCCCAGUCGAGAGGAUAAAGUUCCAGACACAGAUGAAAACGGAAAUACUACUGUGCGACAGACCCAAGGGGUCAUAUACUAUGUGACUGGCCAGAUUCCAAAAGAUCAUCCACCCCUGUCAGGAACAGAGGAGACCCCCGAACACCAAGAGCCCACGCAGCCUCCAACACAGGUGUCAAAUGUCAAUGUUAAUGACAAUUCUCCAAGCCAGGAACAGCAGCAGCAGCAGCAGCAGCAGCAGCAGCAGCCACAGUCUCCACCACCCAAAUCUCCCCCACCUUUAACACCUCCACCUAUAUCUCCUAAGCCUGUGGGACUCAAUGGAUUUAAACUGCCAAAGAAGUCAGUUAAACGCUCUGAAUCCUUGAAGACCAGGUUAGAAAUGGAAAAGGGAAAGAUGCUCAACAAAAUGAACACUGAAAAGAAAAGUAAAAUCAACCAGGAGCAUGUGUAUUCCAGUAAGAAUAUAAUACCUGACCCUAUGGAAACAACGACAACCAGCACCGUAAGGCAGACAGCUAAAAUUUCUGUUGCCCCAAAUAAAAAGGCUCAGAGUGAGGGCAGUGAUCCACCUAAAGCACACUUUGAGGAUGAUGGCGAGGGGGCAGGUCUUAGUCCUGAUCUACCUGGAGAAGAGGCACCUCCACCCCCUGACAACAUAGCAUUUAUGAUCACUAACACCAAGGUUCAGGCCCUGUCUUGUGGAGAGUACCAAGAACUGGUCAAUGCCAAGAAGGGAGGUGUCAAGACAGAUACUGUAGGUGGUGCCACCACAGACGGUCCCACUGUGCCACAGGAUAACGGCUUCAACAAGAGGCCCGUCAUCAUCAUUUUUGAUGAGCCCUUAGACAUCCGUUCAGCUUACAAACGUCUGUCCACCAUAUUUGAAAGUGAGGAGGAACUGGACAGGAUGCUGGCACAAGAGCGCAUUGACGAGGAGAGCGAGGAGUCAGACACCGAGAGGAGUGGUUGGCUGCAGCUAAAAGCUGGAGGGACCAAAAUUGUCGAUGACAAGAAGGUCAGCUUUUCACAGGGUACCGCGGACCAUGUCAGCUUAUCGUCCUCAUCUUCGUCUUCAAUACCUGAACUCAUGGACAGCGGAGUAAACUUGGAGUCAAACGAAGACGCCAAGCCGGACAGCAAGAAGAAGUUCAAGUUUAAGUUCCCUAAGAAACAGCUGGCUGCACUGACCCAGGCAAUUCGCAGUGGUACCAAGUCAGGCAAGAAGACUCUACAGGUUGUUGUGUAUGAAGAUGAGGAGGAAUCAGAUGGCACUGUCAGGCAGCACAAAGAAGCAAAGAGAUUUGAGAUUGCGCGUUCAAAGUCCACAGCAGACACACCCAAGGUAGCGAGUUCAGCUGUGCAGAAGAGGCAAAACUCGGACUCCCACGGCAGGACAGACGAGAUCCGGAAGAACACCUACAAGACACUGGACAGUCUAGAGCAGACCAUCAAACAACUGGAGACCACUAUUAGUGAGAUGGGACCACGCUCCCCUGAGGAGCCAGUCUCUAAAGAGGAGGCUAAAGCAGGGAAUGGGAAAAGCUCAGAUGGAGGAGGACUACAGAGAUCUUCCUCUCUCCCUACCUCCAGAGGGUCAGGCCCUAGGGCACCCAGCAAAAAACCAUUGCAGCAGAAGACUAAACCUCAGCUCCUUCCUCGCCCUGUAGUCAUUCCUACUACUAUCACUGCCACCGCUCCAACCACCACUGUGCCCAGUGCCCCCAGCACCGUACAACAGAACACCAGUGUCGCUUCCCCUACUAGUCGGAUGCCCGUCCCUUUGACUGCGAAGUCCAGGCAGUCGCCGGGUACUACUGACAAAGCAGGAAAACAGCAAAAACUGCAGGACGCUCAGAGGCAGUUCCGACAGGCUAACGGAAGUGCUAAAAGAGUGGGAGGGGAUCAUAAAACUACUUCCCCUACUGUACCCAUCUCUAAAAUCCCUGCUUUUUAUCCUAGCUCUACUAAAGGCAGUUCCCAGUCUGCACAAAACUCAGAUACUACUAAUCCCAUUAAUCCUUCCUCUUCUUCCUCCUCCUCUUCCUCCUCCUCCUCCUCCUCCUCCUCUUUGACAAAGUCCUCCAUCCUGUCCUCUCACACUCCCCGUUCCAGUACCCUGCCCUCCUCCCACAUCCCCUCCUUGUCUAAUGGAUCCCUCAAACUCCCCACGCCCUCACAGCACACAGGUAAAGCUCUCUCGUUCUCCUCACAGACUCAGAAUGGCCGAGUGCACUCCUCCUCCUCUUCAUUCUCCUCCUCAUCCUCCUCCUCCUCCCCCUCCCCUCUGUCGCCCACACCUUUGGGCCCAGGUGGAAAGAGCAUCCGCACCAUACACACCCCCAGCUUCACCAGCUACAGGUCCCACAACGGCAGCAGCGGCAAAUCCUGCAUCCCAACAGCUACAUCAGCUAAGGACACUUAGCCCCAUUGUCGCCCCUCUGGUUUUACUGCAUAGCAGGUAGACAUGGUCAUGUUUUAUUUUAGAUAGUUGUGGUUUGUUGUUAUUUUCCUAUUUUUUGAAACUUUUUUGUAAAAGUAUUAAGUGAUGCACUCCCGAAAUUCAUGUUUCAUUUGACACUGGCAUUCUCAUACCGAUGCUUUUAUCUCCUUUGAGUUGCAUUUUGGAUCAUGCUUACUUGGACUUUGAUUCUCUCUUGAAGAUGCUCUUUCAAAAGAUAUUACAAUGGAACUAAAAAAAACAACUUUUUCCACUCUGUAGUUGAAGUGGAAGGUUUUUGUGGUGUUGAGAAUCUAUUUUUCUUGCUGUAGCUAUGAAUAGGGAAUAUCCAGUUGACGUACAAUCACGAAGUACCAUGUAAAAAUUGUGUUUUAUUUUUCAAACCAGAGAUUGAAUAACCAUAGUAUAUUUAAUGUCUAUAUUUCUUGUGUUGCCAGACAUUCGGCAGUCUUGUAAAUGCCUUUUAAGAAUGUAUACGAAAUGUAUACAAACAUUCUAGUCAAACUCAUUAUGAACGUCUGUUUUCUGAGAGUAUUUUCUUAUUUUCUCUGCCAAUUUCUUUUACAGAUAUAUAUAUACACAACUGGUAUCAACUUUUCAUUUUUGUGUGCCUCUCUGCCAAAGUUGUACAAUAACUCACUUCAAGCCUAGCCCAGUCACAAGAUUUAGGGGAAUUUACAUGCACUCUCUUGGUUGAAGUGUUGACCUGCUGGUCUUGGUUUGUUAACUUAACAUGUAUUGUUGUCUAAAUGUAAACUGUACUAAAAGCAAAGUAAUGAAUCCAUUCUCCCAUGUGUACAUAUGCUUCUACUAAGGAAAUAAGUAGUUUUGUUAACAUACCAAAGUUUAUUUGUAUGCAUGCCUUUCAAAUACUUUAGGAGAGUGGUGUAAAAGAAGAAUAAUGUUUGCACAGAUAGAUUUUGUAAAUAUUUGGUUUUCUCCUCCUUUUUUGUAAAGCUUUAAAUCAUACUAUAAGAGCAAUGUGGUAAAGAUAAAAAACUGUGUUGGAGUAGGAAAAAUAAAGAAUUGCAUGCUUGUAA